GACACACGCACUGUUCCUCUCUCUGAUCGCGCAUCAAGCGCGCCCUUUGAUUUCGCGCGCUCGUAACCGGACAUCUUUGGCACAGGUUGCGUUUUCACAAGUUCUCUUGAUAUCGAAGGCUGGCUGGAAUUGACGCACAUGUUAUUUUAUUUAUGAUUUAUCUGGAUAAGUGGAGUGUUUAAUAUUUGCAUUGAAGAAACAGCAAGAACUGAAGAUGAAACUCGCCAAGGGUUUACUUCUACUUUUAUUAGUUUGGAACACGCGCUCGGUCAGUGGAAGACAUGCAAACUGUCACUUUCUGUAUGAGCUGCAAAUGGCCAAGAAGGAAUGUUUGGCAAUGCUGGUGAACGAGCCACCUCUAAAGACUGAAGGUUGCAGAGGAACGUGGGGGAAUUUUUCAUGUUGGCACAGUGCAGAAUUUGGAGAGGUGGUGGAUAAUUCCUGUCCCACUGCUCUUAAAAAUCUAUUUACCAGAGACGGGAUCAUUAGAAGGAACUGCACUACCAAAGGCUGGUCUGAUGUGUAUCCUAGCAUCGACAGUGUUUGCUUUGGUGAGUCCAAAUCAAACUCAGACAAGCUUGUUUUCUACAAGGUGGUGAAGACCCUUUACACAUUGGGACAUAGUCUGUCUCUCAUCGCACUCAUCACAGGCAGCGCAAUCCUCUGUCUCUUCAGAAAGCUUCAUUGCACGAGGAACUACAUCCAUCUGAACUUGUUCUUCUCAUUUAUACUGAGGGCUGUUGCUGUGUUGGUCAAAGAUGCCAUUUUGUUCUCCCAUGAGAACGUUGAGUGUACGAAACAGCCAUCGCUGAUUGGUUGCAAAGCCAGCUUGAUCAUCUGUAACUAUUUCAUCAUGGCAAACUUCUACUGGCUGCUGGUGGAAGGGCUGUACCUUCACACCCUUCUGAUGGUCAUCUUCUCCGAAAACAGACACUUUAUCAUCUAUCUGCUCAUUGGAUGGGGAUUUCCCACAGUGUUUGUGAUUUCUUGGAUCAUUUGUAGGAUUUACUUUGAAGAUACAGGAUGCUGGGAGAUAAAUAAUGUACCGCUUCCUUGGCGAGUGAUCAACUGGCCGGUCAUGGCGUCUGUUAUUUUAAACUUCAUUCUGUUUAUCAGUAUCAUUCGAAUCCUUGUCCAGAAAUUGAGAUGCCCAGAUGUUGGUGGAAAUGAUCAGUCUCAGUACAGGAGGUUGGCCAAGUCCACACUUUUGUUGAUCCCUCUCUUUGGAGUCAACUACGUUAUUUUCGUUUACUUCAUUGAAGAAAAUGGAGAAAUGGAAAAUUACAAAAUAUUCUUUGACCUUGGCCUGGGGUCCUUUCAGGGCUUGGUGGUUGCGAUUUUGUAUUGUUUUUUGAAUUCUGAGGUUCAAAGCGAACUCAAGAGAAAAUGGCGGAGUUUGCGUCUAAAGCGAUACAUUGGCCGGGACUAUCAUCUGCACAGUUCGUCUAUUUCCAAGAAUGGUGCUGACAACAUGGUUCAAUUCCACCGCAACUCCAGAGCGCAGUCCUUCCUGCAGACGGAGACCACCGUGGUGUGAGACAUACCAGGAGCUGCAAACAGAAAGAGGGGCUGCCAGUAGAUACAUCAGUGACUUCACUCCCUCUCGGCUAACAGUAUAUUUUUUUUAAAACAAGACUUUCCACCACUGAACCAUGGGACUGACAUGCAGUACACACAAGAUAGAGCCUGUAUCUCAACGUGAUUGUAUCUCAGUCUUUUAAUACCAAAUUUGGCUAUAGACUACCAAAAUAUAGUACACUAAAGUUAUGAAAACACAAGCUAAACCAAACCGCGCGAGAGAGACAACAUUGUUGAUAUUGAAAACUGUAAUUCAUGCAGAAACUGUAUAUCUGAUGAACACUUUACUGUAGUAUGUCAUGGUGAUUAUGUAACGGUGUUAUGUAAAUACUUCUUAAGGCCUGCGGCUAUUUUCUUUGAUGCUUAUGAAGACAUGCAGUACUCUUGAUUUUCGAUGCUCCCAACACAGCCAGCAACGUGUUUAAUAUAUCUCAGAAUGAACUGGAAAUCCUGAACGUGCUAAGUAUCUUGGAUAAAUGAAAGAUGUGGAUCAUCUCUGCGGCAAGCUCAUAUGUGAGGUUUUUAUAUAAAGGAUAUUAUUGCUGAAUGCGUCCAGAAGAUGUCUGGUUCAAAGAUUAUGUUUAUUACUUUUCUUCAUGGACAAUUUGGAGAUUGCAAAUCCUGUUAUGUGUUGUGUCUACAAACUUAGGAAGUGUUUUACUCUUAUAUUGGAAAAAAGGGUGUGAAUGUUUUGUACUCAAAUUUAAAAUUAUAUUAAUUUCCAUGUUCCAUGUAUGUGAAAUCCAGGCCUCAUAAUCUAAUUUUGAGAUUAGGAUCUUCAAAGUUUGAUUUCAACCUUUGACAAGGCCUUACUCAGUCUAUAUGUUAUAUUUUUUUCACAGAAUGCUCUUUGACAAUUUUAUAUCAAAUCACAAAACAUUUAUUUAGCUGGGUUUUUGCAGUCAGGGUCGCAUAAUAUAAUAUAAUAUAAUAUAAUAUAAUAUAAUAUAAUAUAAUUCAUUUCUUUGUUGUUUUCAUGCAGAUUUUCCAAGAGAUUUCAAGAGUCUUAUGAAUAAUAAAUGAAGUGUAUUCACAAAAAAUAUAUAAAUAUAUUGCAUAAAUAUUUACCUACAAAAAAGAUGAUAGGUCCUUAUUGUCAUUAUUCUAUACAACAACAAAAAAAUUCCCAUUCUCAUCAGACAUUUCAAUGGGAGACGUUGAUCGUGUUUCUGAUUAAAUUUCUUUUGCACAUAUUUGGGGGGUUUGGAAAUGUGCGUGUAAUGAAUCCUGCCAUCCAAACUCUUUUCAUUCAUCUGAAAAAUAGAUAAUUAAUCCAGUAGACAGUUGAAUGCAGAUUUAGGUCAAGUGAACCGACAAUACAGUGAGAAUGAGGGCGUAUGAAAGUGACAUUUCAGUGUGUUCUUUAUCCUUCGCCAUUGUUGCGAGCCGCUUCUGGGAACUGCGGCCCAGAGACGGUGGAGUGGGUCGGAGAGGAGGUCGGAUCUCGUAGAGUAGACCUGAAGAGCGAAAAGACCCCGGCAAAGCACGUGCAGGGAUGAAAUCAUCUAAAGUGACACUGAUGCCAUGGGCAGGGGCAUUCAGCAUCAUUAUGAGACUGUCAGAUGGAGAUAAAGGAAUUAGAAGAUGCAGUGUGUUGGUUGAAUUAAUAUGUAAGGGAGGUAUAGCUGGAUUUAUUGUGAAGUACAGUAUGACUUUUGUGCAUUUUGAAAGAAACAUGCAUUCAUGGUGUAAAAACUUGUAUAUGAAAAGUGAAUGCAUUUUUUAUUGUAUUUAACCAUUUGUAAUGCUUUAUCUUUAUUGCUUUACUCCGCAGAAAACAUUUCUGUGAACUGUAUUGGCAUUUUUCAAUAAAU